CGAAUCCCUCUCAUUUCAAAUUUUCUGCAAUCCUGCUACAUCUCCUUCUCGUAGUUGAAGAUCCAAUUUCGAAAUCCCUUUGACAUGGAAAUCCCCCAAGAAACUGAUGAUUACAUAAGAGAAUCAAUCGAUCACAGCGUCGGUCUGGCGGUCUCUACCGACGCACUUCUUUUUAAACUUCGAGCGGUCGAAGCGUCGCGGACUCACCUCCGUCGCCAGUAUCUCUCUCUGCAAUCCAAGCUAAAAGAGAAAGAUGACGCCAUUGAACGAUCUAGGGCCGAGGCGAGCAUGAAUGCGGUGGCUUUGAAGAAAUUUGUGGAGGAAAACCAGAAAUUGGCGACGGAAUGCUCUAAUCUGUUGGCGGCGUGCAAUAAAUGGGAGAGAGAGUGCUCGCUCUAUGACCACGAUCGUGAAGCUUUGAUGGAUUUUGCGAACGAGGCGGACGAGAGAGCCAAGGAAGCUGAGGUACGGAAUCGUGAUUUAGAGGAGGAGAAAAAGAUAUUGGAGGAAGAGUUGUAUUUCUACAAGUGUCAAUCCCCGCAGUUGGAUGGCAAGUCCACCAAUACAGAAGAGGAACAUCGUUUAGUGAAUUCACUGUUCACUGCUAUGUUUGGCAAGGACGAAAUUGUGUCAACUGCACAUAGCUUCCUAGAGGCACAUACGGGAAUUGAAGUUUGCCACAAGUUAGUGACAUUGUGGUCAAGCUUGAGUCCUUUAACCCAGAAAGCUGUAGCAUUAGCAGCAAAGGUGAAAAGUCUAGAGGAAGACAAGGACCAUUUAACGAAUAACCUUCGUAGAGCUGAAGAGGAGGUGAAUGCCUUCUUUGAAGAAAACAACGUCCUGAACGAGGAGAAUAAACGGUUGAUGAGGCAAUGCUAUAGGGAAAAGCACAAUAAUGGUUCAAGUGGAGGCACUGCUUCUGGAAAGGGGAAAAGAAAAUGCAGCCCCAAGAUGAGUAGCCCAGUGGAGAAGAAGAUUGAUUCAAGUGAUGUGAAUAUGCUGAGACAGCCACUCUCACCACUCCAAUUUAACUCCCCUGAAUCGAGAAUGCACAAGCAGUAAAUCAAGAGAUUUGGUCUUUAAUUUUUUUCAUCCCCUUGUUAAUUUGUCUAAUUCCUAAAUUUCUGGGGAGAAAGUAAUGAUGAUUGAUCACUGUAGUUGUGAUUAUAGAUGCAACGAAAUGAGACGCUUUGAUACUUGUGAUUA